AUGAAUGCGAUACUUCAUGAGUACCUAAAUCGUUUCAUUGUUGUCUACAUUGACAACAUUCUCAUCUACUCCUCCAACCGGAAUGAUCACAUCCGGCAGGUAAAGCUAGUGCUGCAGUGCCUCCUUGAACACCAUUUAUACCUCAAAGCAGAAAAAUGUCAAUUCCAUCUGACCACCAUGCACUUCCUGGGGUAUGUCAUUGGCCCAAAGGGGGUACAAAUGGUCACGGCAAUAAUACAGGCCAUCUGCUCCUGGCCUCAAAGUUCCACACUUAAAGAGUUGCAGCACUUUCUGGGAUUCGCCAACGUUAACCGCUGGUUCAUUCACAACUUCAGUACAGUCAUUGCUCCUGUCACCUCUCUCCUCAAAGGCAAGCCCAAGAACCUCCCUUGGACACCUGAAGCCACAGAAGCCUUCCAGCAGCACAAGAAAGCAUUCACUUCUGCACCUAUCCUUGGGCAUCCAGACCCAAACCUACCCUUCGUUUUGGAAGUUGACACCUCCACCCAAGCUUCAUCCAUGUGCCUUUUACUCAAGGAAAUUGUCUGCGGCAGAGCGUAA